ACGUUUGACAUCACUCUCUUGUUUCUUCUUCUCACCAACAUUUGCGGACUUUCCCCUCCUCUCUCGGGGUGGCAUUCCAAGCCAUCUCCGAGUGACAACUCCCUUGAGGCAAACCUUGCUCGGGUAAAGUUCUUCCGCAAUGAGUUGUAUGGUCACGUGUCUACUACUGCUAUUGACACGCCCACUUUCUCUGGUUUAUGGCAGGAUAUUAGUACUGUCCUUGUUGCCCUUGGCUUGGAUAAGGUAGCCAUAGAGAGAUUAAAACUAGAGCACUCUGGAGAGGAAGACCAUGUUGAAAUUUUAAGAGAAUGGGCGAAAAGUGAAGAGGAUACCAAGUCGCAGCUGAUGGAUAUCUCACAAUCUCAGACUGAAAUAGCGCAAAGUAUCGAAGAAUUGCGUCAGGCUCGUCUUGAGGACUCCAAGGAGCUGGAAGAAAUGAAAAAUACAGUUAUCAAAACUUGGCAGGCCGUCGAGAGCGUAGAGGAUCGUAGAGGAAGGGACAAAGAGGAUGAAAUUCUCAAAGCACUCGCAAAGAUUGACACAGGAAAAGAUGUCGAAUAUCAUUCAGAACGAUAUGAGGAAGGAACUCGUUUGUCUAUUUUGACAAAGGUGCAGGAUUGGAUGGAUGACAGAAGUUCUGAGAAUCGUGUUUUGGUAAUCAGCGGACAGGCUGGUAUGGGAAAAUCUGUGAUCUCUGCAGUUGUCUGCAAAAGAAUGCUAAGAGCUAACAGACUAUCUGGAAGCCAUUUUUGUCAACAUGGCAAGGCACGCCGCAGGAAUCCCAGAGUGAUGCUUCAGUCUUUGGCUUGUCAGCUGUCUGACAUUAUUCCAGAAUACAAGAGUGCCAUUCUGGAAGUACUCUCAAGAAAUUUAGGAGGAGAUCUAAACAACAUGGAAGUUAGUGAUCUCUUCGAAUUGCUGCUCAUGGAACCUCUUUCUAAAGUCAAAGACCCAGGAUGGAACAUCCUAAUGGUAAUAGAUGGCUUGGACGAGAGUGAAUACCAAGGCCGCAACGAAUUGCUUGAUGUGAUUGCUAGUAACUUUUGCAAACUCCCAGCGUGGUUUCGAUUUCUUGUGACAACCCGUCCUGAAAUCAACAUCGCCGAUAGUCUUAGAGUUUUGGAGCCUCUGCAGCUUGAACCAAGUGAUAAUGAGAACUUACAAGACAUCCGUCACUAUCUUAACAGGCGUCUAAGCCAAUCUGGGCAGUUCGAAAUCCAAGAGGAUGUUUUGAAUUAUCUUGUGGAAAAGUCAGAAGGAGUGAUGUUAUUUUCUUACUUUUUAGUUGAAUUUGUAGGCAAAAUCGAGGCCGUUCUUACCCCAGAGCUGCUGGAGAACGAUUUGCCAUCUGGUAUUUCAUCCGUUUACGAGUCCUAUUUCAAACGUUUAGAGCAAGAACUUGUAAAGGAACUGAAGAUUAAGGAAGAGCAUUUUUUUGCUUUCCUAAGUGCAGUUACAGCUUCGAGAGAGCCAUUACCAGUUGCUUUUGUCGCAAAAUUGUUCCAGUUGGACACCAGGACAUCAGUUGGCAAACGGAAAGUUAAAAGGGCAAUUUCUUGCAUUUCAACUCUUCUGCUGGUUGAGGAUGAAAGGGUCAAGUUCUUCCACAAAUCAGUCAAGGACUGGUUGACCGUUACUUCCUCGUAUGGACAGCACGACUUUGCAUUAGAUUUGAAUGAAGGUCAUAGUAUCCUUUCUAAACUUUGCCGUGAGGAACUCGAUCAAAUUAAGGAUCGUGGUGUUAUUGAUCGAAAAUUUUGCGACUCUGAAACAUAUUCCCUACAACACGGUGUCACACACAUGCUUGAGGAUGCAAGGUCACCGAAUAGUAAAGAAUUGGUGAGGUUGUUUGUCUUGGAUUUGGAACUCGUUUACGCUAAACUCUGUGUGGAUCACGCAACGGCAGCCGACGACAUUGUACGUUGUCAGAAACAGGACAUUUUGUCAGUGCUCCCUGAAGAAAGUAAAACUCACUUGGAUGACUUAUUGCUUUUGUUGAGAAAGUACCACGAAAGUUUUAAAUAUUUUCCUCAUGCAUUUCUGCAAACCGUGUUGAAUGAGGGAGAAGCGAGACUUUCUUCCCAGGCAUCAAGUCUUCUGAGUAAGAAAUUUCCCGAUAUUACUUUCAUGGAGUUCAUUUACAAGGAUGUUCAUGAGGAGGCUCCCAAAGCUGUUUUUCAAUGUUCAGCUGCAGUGGUCUGUUUUGAUGUGUCGCCGCAGUCUGACUACAUGGUGUGUGAAUGUAAAGAUGAGAUGCUUUACUUGUGGUCGCUUCGCACCGGCAAAUUAGAAUGGAGACGUCCCUGCAAAAUAAAGAAACAAUAUUCACAUGGCAAUUUCACGUAUCGAACGUCGCCUUCCUCUGAUGUCUUCUCGUGCUACCGUUCGGUUGUUUUUCAUCCUUCUUAGGAAGUUGUCCUACCAGGAAUUCUUAGUUCAGCCUAUUCGAUUGAUGGAGAUCUGAAACCACUUUUUCCAAGAAGUAACUGCAUAUUCACAGUUUCUUCACUGUUGAAUGCAAACGGCGAGGUCCGGUUUGUAACAAAUUUUCCGGAUGACACCAAGUGUAUUAUUUUGUGGAGUCUUGAAAAUGGUUCUCAGGUUGCUAGUAUUCACAGGGAUGAAGAUGUUUUAUCGUUUGCUUGUUCUCUUGAUGGGAGGAUGCUGGCAGUUUCCCAUACGUCCGGCUCGAUUUGUUUGAUUGACACAAUAAACGAGUUUAGAAUACUGGCAGAAAUAAACAUUCCAAGCGUUUGUGGGAUAAUCAAGUUCUCCCCUGACCAUCAGUUCCUCUUUUGUUGGCACGAAAGUCAUGCACGACGUCAUGACGUUUAUCGGCUGAGCGUCAAACGUAUCAACCAAGACACAUUUUCGCUUGGUGUUUCUUGUGACGUUUCAUAUAAACCCUGGGAGUAUGAAACUGCCAGUAAAGCUGGAUUUUUGUUAGGAGAUCCUCUUUGUUGUAUCUAUGAGAACGUCUUUGGUCGCUCAUUUCUUGUAGAACGAGCAUUUGUCUUUGUCCUUUCUGAGGAAAUUGUCUUGAGGCGCUUUCCUGAAGGUCGUUCAGUGGCAAUGUUCAGUGUGGAUGAGAUAAGUAGCUUCACCAAUUCAGCACAUCACCCACACUUAUCUAGAGCCAUAAAGAUGGCGUUUUCGCUAAAUGGAGAGAUUCUCUAUGUGAUUUCCGAAGUUCCAGCUGGAAGAGAAGUAAUGGCUUGGAACGUUCGAUGGGAAAACCUCACAGCAAGAAUGAUGAUUGGAAGGACAAGAAGGGAGUGCCUUACGCCUGUAGCGGAAGGCGUAAUUAUCGCCAAAGACUGUGGUUGUCCCGAACUGUGGGAUUUUGAGUUGUCUAGAUGUAUCCGUUCUUGGUCACGGGUGUGCAACAUUACCGAUGUGAUUCCCCUGUCAAGAGAUCACGUGGCAUGUGUAGGGGCUUAUGAUAAAGAGGUGAUUAUCCUGGAUUCGAGAAGCACAGGCGUAAAGGCACGCAUCCCAUUUUUUCGUGACCAAUAUGAAUCAACCAUUGAAACGUUGGGGAGAGAGGCCAUCGCAUGUAACAGCAAAUACGAAGUACUGUCCACAGACCGAAAAUCCAUUCAGCUGUCGAAUAGUGAAGGUAUUAUCUGGGAAAAGGAAUGGAACGAUUCUCUGUUGUGUGGCUACAGUCUCUCAGGAAUGUUCUCGCCAAAAGAGGAAUUUGUAUUAUUCUCGGCGAAACGCAAUGAUUGUGAUGAUCAGGAGGUAUUUGUUCUCGAAGCCUCUUCCGGGAAAGAACAUUCCAUUGUCUGUAGAGGUGCUUCGUUUUUUGACUGUAAGUUCGUCAGUGAUGAGGAAUGUGUCAUUGAUUUCGAAGAUACCUUACCGCAUUUCGGUCUUCGUCUAUUCAAUAUCAGGAGCGGUGACCUACUCUGUGUGAUGGAGAGGGUGUUCAGAACGCAUUGUCUCGCAACCUGUCUGCUGAACCAUGCGAUCGCAAUUGACGUAAGCGUAGGCUCUGAGAAAAAUUUCAGAAUUAUCCUGGUAAACAACCUUCCAAGUGAAGAAGAUAAGAAGAACAAAAUGGUACCAAAGAAGCAGCUGUAUGAAUAAGAGUGAAGUGAUGGAUGAAUUGCAGACUCUGUCGUGGGAGCCCUCCGGGCAGUCGGUACUGCUUGGUCAGCGUUAAAAACGAGAGACGAGCGCACAGUAAAUCAGGAGCCAUACGGAGAGAAAUGUCUUCCUCUUGCUUUCACGGACACACACCAUACCAGAUAAUUUACGAACAGCCCUACCAGGCGCUGGAGGGGCAAAUGGACUAGUCAGUCCUAUUCUUUAGUUUUGUUAUGUCUAUAAUUGUUGUUUCUACCUAUAUUUCAAGGGGUGUCCGCUUUUUUUUAUCUGGAAGCUUUUUCAACAUCGCUGUCACAGUGAAAUUAGUAUAGGUGAUAACAUGAUUUCGACUGCGAUUUGGUCCAAAUAAGCACGAGUAAAUUUUUCAAAGACAACAAAAUUGCA